AUGUCUUCCCAACAGUUCAUUGCUAUUGAUGAAAAUCCUGAACAGGACCAAAGUUACUAUUCUGGUUACGAUUCUGAAUCGAGUGAGGCGACCGAGAAAUCGACAAACACUUUGAAGUCAUCAAUUUUCGAUUAUCGGUUUGAAAAUGGUCGUAGAUACCAUGCGUAUCGGGAUGGGAAAUACAUGUUCCCAAAUGAUGAUGCAGAGCAAGAGAGACUCGACAUUAUUCACCAUACAUACCUUCUGCUACUGAAUGGCGAGUUACACAUGGCGCCCAUCGUCCCAGAACCAACGAGAAUUUUGGACAUUGGAACUGGCACUGGUAUCUGGGCAAUUGAUGCUGGGGAUAGGCGGUAUCCAGACGCCGAAGUCAUUGGGACCGAUUUGAGCCCGAUCCAACCAGCCUGGGUCCCGCCAAACGUCCAUUUCCAAAUCGAUGAUGCAGAAAGCGAAUGGACAUGGGCCAAGGAGUCCUUCGAUAUGAUCCAUAUCAGGCAUUUGAGUGGUGCAAUCAAAGAUUGGGAUGCUCUUCUCAAAGAAGUUUACAAAAAUCUCAAGCCCGGGGGUUGGGUUGAUCUUUCAGAAUACGAUAUGCAUCUCUUUAGUGAUGAUGGCACUUACCACGAAGGGUUGGGCCUAUACAAGUUUUAUGACCUAGUAAAUCAGGCAGCCGCAGAAUCUGGCCGGGUAUUUAAUAUUGCCGGUUCUUUAAAGGCCAGCAUCGAGGCAGCGGGAUUUAUCAAUGUGCACCAGGAAAUGAGAAAAAUCCCGGUCGGAACUUGGCCUGCCGAUCAAAAACAAAAAACCAUGGGCGCAUAUAUCUUGCUUACAGCAGAGAGUGCAUUCGAUGCUUUCGGGAUGAGGCUGUUGACAAAUUUUCAUGGGAUGGAAGUGACCGAAGUCAACAAACUCGUAAACUCCGCUAAGAAAGACGUCCACGACAGACGUAUUCACUCCUAUUCAAAACAUCACCUUUAUUGGGCGCAAAAGCCGCUCCCUUGA